AUGGCUUUUACUUGGGAUACACCAUUUGGCGUCAAAUUAUGGCCCAUCUUUAAUGAGUUAGUAUCUACUGCAACUGGGGGCAAAUUUAUCCCUGCCGAGUUUCGCUUUGUGCAAGGGGAGUUGCCGCUUUCAACUUUGCACCCAGUGUUGUUGUCCAUCGCUAGUUACUACAUUGCCAUUUUUGGCGGUAAUUAUUUAUUCAAGAAACUCCAAAUCAAACCAUUUGUGCUAAAUGGGUUAUUCCAAAUUCACAACUUGUUCUUGACUAGUUUAUCAUUGACUUUGUUGACAUUAAUGGUUGAGCAAUUAGUGCCCAUAAUUUACCAUCAUGGAUUGUUUUAUGCCAUUUGCUCACCAAAAGCAUGGACCCAGGAGCUCGUCUGCUUAUACUAUUUAAACUACUUGACCAAGUUUGUUGAGUUUAUUGACACUGUCUUCUUGGUGGUGAAGCAAAAGAAAUUGACAUUUUUGCACACCUAUCAUCAUGGUGCCACUGCUUUACUUUGCUACACCCAAUUGAUUGGUGACACUUCCAUCUCAUGGGUUCCAAUUUCAUUAAAUUUGGGUGUGCAUGUUGUUAUGUACUGGUACUAUUUCCUUGCUGCUAGAGGAAUCAGAGUUUGGUGGAAGGAAUGGGUGACUCGUUUCCAAAUUAUUCAAUUUGUCUUGGAUUUAGGAUUUGUUUACUUCGCCACUUAUCAAAAGCUUGUGCUCCACUUCUUGCCAAACUAUACUGAUAUUCUCCCAGUUUGUGGCGAUUGUGCAGGUAACUUAUACUCUGCUUAUUCCGGUUGUGCUAUUUUAUCCUCCUACUUGGUGUUAUUUAUUGCGUUCUAUAUUGACGUUUACAGAAGAAAGUCAUCAAAAAAGAGUAAAAUUGUUAAAGCUGUUCACGGGGGUGUUGCUGCUCAAGUGAAUGAAUAUGUUUACGUCACUGGUAGAGAAGCCACUCCAGUUCCAGAAGAGAAAGUGCGUUCUAGAAAAUAG